UAUAUUCAUGAUCUAAUUGCGUCCUUUUUGGACGUUAUGUWCUAGUUAUUCAAUCAAGAAUGCAGAUUUGUUGAAGCUUUGAAGACUAGAUUAUCUUUUGUUCAUUUUCAUUGUUUAUAAGUAAACACCAGAUGUUAUUGUAUUCGAACUUGAUCGUGUAUGACAUAAAAACUGUUUAUGUAUUCUUGCAGUUGGUUUCAAAUUUUGAUUAUUGUUUCUAUUGAUUUAUAGGGUUCUUGAGUACUUGUACGGUUGUACCAGGAGAUGUCCGGUGGGUUUGGGGAAGCGGCAAGCAGCAGGCCGACCCAAAACUCAUCUUUCUCAAAUAGUAAUGGUUCCAACAAYGGUGAUGCUGGGAAUUUUGAGUGCAACAUAUGCUUCGAUAUAGCCCAGGAUCCGGUUGUUACUUUAUGUGGUCAUCUCUUCUGCUGGCCUUGCCUUUAUAAGUGGCUUCACAUGCACUCACGAUCCCAGGAGUGCCCCAUCUGUAAGGCCUUUAUACAAGAGGAGAAAUUGGUCCCUUUAUAUGGCAGAGGGAACAGUUCAACAGACCCAAGCUCUGAUAUUCCACAUCGUCCAGCCGGUCAGAGACCAGAARCUGCUUUACCACCAGAUAGGAAUGAGUUUAUGCAACAUGGUCUAGAUGGGUUUGGAUUGAUGGGUGGUAUUGGGCCUACAAUGACCGUGAGUUUUGGGAAUUUUACCCUUUCAUUUGGUGGGUUUAUGCCGGCAAUUUUCAAUGUUCAGAUGCAGGAAUUUGAUGGUCCACCCAUCUCUGGAAAUGCUCGAGCUCCAAGCUAUGCCUAUGAAGGUCAUCAUGCACAUGAAGUCCGUCAGCAGAGAGGUCAUCAGCAUGAAGCAUCGCCACUUUUGAUAAUCGGUCUCAUUUUUCUCUUUUCUCUAAUUUGGGGAUGAGUGUUGAUGAUUGARGAAUUGUGUAUAGGAUACCUCAAAUAUGGAACCGAAGGAGUAAAUUUCUGUUCUUCUAAAAUGUGUACGUGUAGAAAMUAUAAUCCAAAUCGAGCUGCAAAAGGUUAUGGUUUGACAUCUUUUAGAGCUAUUGUGUUGAGUACUCUCUGUUCAUGUGUUGCGUAAA